CGAGUUCGUGAGCUUCUUGGUCUGUUCCCAACAUCCAGUCAGAUCUUACCACAGGACAUUUCCACCCCACUAUUCACCAUGGAUUAUUCGCAAUCAGAUUCUGGGGUUUCAAAACGCCUUUCAUGGGGGAGAGUGGUCCAGAAACUGCUCCAUCAUACCGACGACCCCAAAUCGACAGGGAAAAGAGAUUCAGGGUGUCUAUCGGUGAUUUCCAUGGACGACGAUCCCUUUGAAGAGGCUUUGUGUGCGGAGACUGUAGCCAACGUGUCUGAGGUCCUGAGUGAAAGCAGUACUGAGCUCCUCGGCUCCUCCAGACUGGUGGUUCCUCACGAUUUGCUGGAAAGGAUCGGCCAGGAGCUGCUUCAGCUGGCUGCAACCGAACCCUGUGGUCUCCGAGGAGCCAUCAUCGACGUGUGUGUGGACAACAGCAAGACUCCUCAGAGUGUUGGACACAUAUCUGUGGACCCCGAUAUUGUUCCAACGUUUCAUCUCACAUUUUUACUGCGGCUGGAUCUUGGGGGACUGUGGCCGAAGUUCACGAGUAGACUCAGUAACUGUGUGAAACUAAGCACAAGCUUUACUGUGCUAAAGAGAAAGCUGUACAGCUCAGAGGAAGUGUACGUGGAAGAAUUAUGACCUGAAGAUAAAAGCACUUCUUAAAAUACUCUUACUAAGAGUUCUAUGCAAACCCUACUUAAACUCUUGACUUUUUUUAUUAUUAUUUCCUAAGAAAAGUAUGGGUUUUACUAUACUGUUUUAAGCUGAUGUAGGGCAAGAUGUCUUAAAAUUUACAGUACAAGCCCUAUAAAAUACCCAUCACUUGAGUAAUGGCAGCUAAAAUGAUUCUACCUCAGGAAAGAAAUGUCAGGCAUUUUAUAAUUGUGCUUAUAUUAUUCUAUGAAAUGCUUGAAUGUUUGCACAAAUAGAAAUUUGCACUACCUCAUUAUGUCAAAGUUUACAAAAUGUAUGUUAAUGAUUUUAUCAAGUGUUCUUUCAUCAUGAUAGCUAAAGGAAAGUGUAACUAAAUGAGGAACAGAACCAAAAGUA